UGCCCUCCGUAGUGCCUCUCGGGAAGAGGACCCCAUGCAAAACGAAACUCCAAAUAAAGAGAAGAUGACGUUGUUUUUAUUGCUCCGUUUUCCAAGUAAAUUUUAAACGGACAUAUAAGAGAUAAAACUGCCUUUUUCAAUCUAGAGUUUACACAUCAAGAGCUUUACUCUUCGAAGGAAGUAGGGCAUAGGGAUGAUCACUUCGAUAUGGAACGCAGCGUCUGACUCUGAGCUCUCUUUGUGGGGCACCGAUACUUCAGACAACAACUACAUUCCGCACAACCAGACGAACACAAUGUGAAUAUUCAGAGGAUUUCGGAUAAUAUUAGAAUGUUGACAUGCAUUCAUCUUGCUGGUACAAUUGUGCUUUCCUCCUCCUGCUUGAAGUAUCAGUUGUGUUUGGAGAUUUGAGCAGUCCUCAGAAUUUGACUCUUCAUACGCUGAACACUCAUUACAUUCUGCAAUGGGACUGGGGUCAUGAGACGGCUUUGAAUGAGACUGUUACUUUCACCGCACAGUAUAUAGCGCAGUAUAAGAUCCGGAGGUCCACUCAAAGCAAGAACUGGAAAUCUGUGUGUGUAAAUGUGGUGGAGCGACAAUGUGACUUCACAGACAGUCGUCUGUAUUACUUUGGCAUGUUCCUGCUGCGUGUGCAGGCUAAAUCAGCUCGGCAGUCUUCGCUUUGGGUCCAAAUCGAGUUCUGUCCUGAUAAACAUGCUGCUAUAGGUCCCCCAUCCAGUGUGCAGCUGAACUCAAUCAUAGAUGGUUUAGAGAUUAUUGUUGCCGACCCUCUAGACAACACUAACCAGUCUAUGAAUAUCCUGGUACAGAAUAUGAAGUACCUCAUCCAUUACUGGAAGAAACAUGAAGAUGUGCAGAAAGCUGAUUUCUUGUCGACCAAAAAUAAUGUUGUGACAUUGUCUAAGCUGGACAAAUGGACAUGGUAUUGUGUAAUAGUUCAGACCCACUAUGAAUUCUACAACAAAAGCAGUGUCUAUAGUGACACACACUGCAUGCAGACAGGAGGAGAGAUUACAAACCUGACGAUAUUUUUGUACGUCCUGAUGUCUCUGGUGCUGUUUGUUUUUUUAUUCCCCGUCUUGUUAUUUGGCUCCCACAAGACUUACAAGAUACUAAAGAGCAUCUUUUACCCAUCUAUUACAUUUCCAUCGUACAUCCUGGAGAACAGGGCAGCAGACUCCGACAUGCCAAGGCUGUUGAUUCCUGAGGCAGAGAUAUUCUGUGAGCACUUGGACAUUACCAGUGCUGAGGUGAACGCUGCGAUCACAGUGAUGGAACAAGAUCAGGCCAUAGAAACACACGGCCAACAUGACAGUGGAGAUUCAGGCUUCAUCUCUACGGAGGAGGAUUCGUGUCAUAAAGAGCACAGCCUGACACGACCCAUCAAACACAAUGAAUUCCACGUGGAAGACAUGUGUAAGAUGAACCACAGAGAAGAGAUACAAGAUGGGAUGAUGGGAGUAACAAUGUAACAAUGAAUGCAAAAUGAAGAAUCAACUGUUUAAGGCACUCGCAAGCAAAUUCACUUCUUUCACGAAAUGUUCAAAUCAGCUGUAGCAUAAUUCUCUUUGCAUUUGUCCAUUGGUCUUUAAUCCAGAGCAGCAUACAAAAAACAUUAUAAGCAAUUGCAGAGCUUUUGUUAUGUUUAAAUUGAAAUAUGACAGUUCUUUGUAUAUGAUUCCUAUCCAUCUUUUUCUUCACAUCUCCAUGAAGGACGCCAUUAUAGCGACUGACUUUCUGUUGGAUCCUCUGCGGUUCCGUUUAGUAUUUUUUAUUAGUCCGAGAACGUUACUGAUUAUGGUUAAUUGUGAAGGAUCGGCAAUUCACAGGCUUUCACAACAGGACACAUUCCUGAACUCCUCAACAUUUCAGACUCAAACAACUCAACACCUAGAGGACUCCUAUUAAAAUAUUGCUUUCUUUUCUAUAAAGCAUUAUAUUCCUAGCGAUGGGUCCGUUAGCUUAAACCUGCUAUGGGGCGACCUUUUUCAUGUUAGCAAGAUUAAAUUGUGAUCUUGUCGCAUUAUUAUCUACUUUAUUAUAAAAGUAGAAAUCAUGUCAAAUAUGUCAGAUAUAUUGAUUUUAGUAAAAGUAUGUAAUGCAAAAAAGGAAUUGGAUUAACGAGGAAGUAAAGUUGACUGACUACUGUAAUCUUUUAGAUGGUGUUUGACUUCAUUUGCACCUAUUACCAGCAUUAAAGCAAAAUGGUCUGGAUCUGUGCUUGACGUCAAGAACCUUCAGAGAGUCAUAUUUAUGUUCAUUAUUUCAAUCUGGUAGGAGAAAACAGAAAUGUCAGGCUCACUGUAUUGCAUGAGCUGAUGCUGGGCCUUACUGUACGUUCACACCACCAGGGACUCUGUCUCUAGGUGCUGCUAGUCUCUUGCUACAAGGACGUUAGAAGGUGUUCCUAGCUAUGGUUGCUCAAGUAACAUUUAUAAACAAACUGACGAGAGACGGAUGACCUAAGCUCUGCUGCUUUACUCUUGUUGGUAGUUGCUCCAUAAAGUCGCUCAUCAUUUGCAUUAAGUAGAUCAAAUCUCAACUUUUUCACGUCGCUAGACACUCCCACUACUGGUCCCCAAAGGUCACUGUCGCCGUAUAUACUGUAUAAACCAUAGCAAUGGUGCAUUAAGGUUGACAGAAUUAUAGUGUUCUGGGCAAACUGUCUGUCAGUUAUGUUUUUUGCUCCGUUUAUGUUUCAAACUGACAUCACGCCAAAGAGUGUAUUAUUUUGUUAGAUUUGUUCCAAUUGUUUUUCUUUGGUACUGACUGAUCUCAUUUAAAUCUAAUAAAGCAGAUUUGUACGAACAUUUAA